GCACAGUGAAAACGUCCAAGCAAAGCUCACGCCUACCGCCAGAGCGCAAGAAAGGGAAUUGGCGGCCGGAGACUGAAACCCAACAAAUUCAAUGUCAGGCAUGGCGGCGAUCUUAGCUGGGUUGUCUUCUAUUUACUCUGUUUGCAGCGAGUCCGCUGGAAUCGCCGGAAAUCUAUGUGCUUUUGUAUUAUUCGUGUCACCCAUGUAAACCAACCUUCAGGAGAAUUAUCAGAAACCAGUCAACGGAGCAGUUCUCUGGGUUGCCUUACAUAUAUUCCCUUUUGAACUGCUUGAUCUGCCUUUGGUAUGGGAUGCCAUUCAUCUCUCCCAACAUCAUAUUGGUUGCGACUGUUAAUUCGAUUGGGGCGGUCUUCCAGUUCAUCUACAUCGCUAUCUUCAUUGCCUAUGCUGAUAAGUCUAAGAAGCUCAAGAUGUCUGUACUGCUUGUUCUGGUGUUUGCAUUAUUUGCUGGUAUCGCCUUUGUGAGCUUGAGAUUCCUGGAUUCGCACACUCGGCAGUUGUUCAUUGGAUAUCUGAGUGUGUUCUCUCUGAUAUCCAUGUUUGCUUCCCCACUUUUUAUUAUUAAUCUGGUGGUGAAGACUAGGAGUGUCGAAUAUAUGCCGUUCUUCCUCUCACUUGCUACCUUCUUGAUGAGUCUCUCAUUUUUUGCUUAUGGCAUGCUUAAGGGUGAUGGUUUCAUAUCUGUACCGAAUGGAAUUGGAACAAUUCUGGGGGUAGUUCAAUUGGCAUUAUACUAUCACUACAGCAGCAAGUAUGACGAUAGCUCAAGAGAACCCUUGCUAGCAUAUGCAUGAAACGAUAUCAGCUUGCGGUGAAAUGGGUGUGUGUUCAUGUUUUGCCAAUACUUCAUUGGCAUGGAGAGUGAGGACCUGAAUUGAGUGUUGGAAGGUAGACUAGAUCGUUUUUGACAGCUUAUCGAUAGCAAAACAUCAAAGAAGUUGUGUCAAAACUUGCCACAGAAGAAAGAAAACCAGAGAUAUCUGCCCUAGGCAAAGCAGUUUUUAUCGCUUCAGUUGUAUCAGCUGCAACUUUCUGCUGUCAUCUUCUUACUUCCUCCAGCAACCAUGUUCUUUUUUUUCCGAUUCACCAUGGCUGCCAUUCCAAGCAAAUUUGUUAUGUACAUUCCAGCGACCAAGAUGUUAGUAGUGUAUUGUAUACAGCCGUAGUCAAUUGCAUAUAUACCUGCACAAUGGCUUUCUGCUACCGUCUGCACCAUGUCCAUGAAGAUUUGUGAUUUUGAAACCAUAUGAAUUUUCUCCUUCCUUGUCCUGUCUAAAGAACGAUAAAUUCUUUACAUGUGCACGUCUUGUUGCC